AUCAACACAUUCUCACGAUUGGCGUGAAUGGUGUUUUUCAACUUUUCAUCGCUGGGGCAGAUUUAGUAGAUGAACAGCCUGGAUCAUCUACCUUGAAAUGUCUUCGUUACCUUGCAUUUUAUGGAUUAUUUGAAUCAAUAAAAUUUUUAAUGCGCUCUGGUUGGAAAGUAGAUACAGAUAAGAAAUGGAUAAAGGAUUUAGGAAACGAAGAACAUUUUAACUGUGGUUUUAUGGUCGAUGAAACGUGGUAUAUACCUCAAAUUACAGCUGAAAACCGAAAAGCUCUUUUGGCCGCAUUAAACGAAAUUGAGAAAGAACCAACAAAUUUACAAAACUCCUGUAGAAAUGAAAUUCGAAGACUGCUCUCUUCUCGUGGUCAUAGUAUUUUGCCCCUUAUUGAAGAUUUACCAAUUCCAACAAAACUUAAAUAUUUCAUAAAAUUUGAAGAUUGUGAAAUUCCAAAGGAAGAAGAAGUGGUUGUGAAUGUUAGAAGCCCUGAGGACCUUUUUGGCGAUUAUUGAAUACUCUAAAAAGUAUACCUGUCCGAAUCCAGCAUUGUGUGUACGUAGCAUUUUGUCAUAUUGUUUGAACAAAAUGCUGCAUAAUUCAUUGGAUUUGCUAGGUUGUAACAUACUGCUUAAGUCUUCACUCUGC